UCGCGGCGGGGGGGCGGGGCCCGGGGAGGGGAGCAGAGGAGCCGCCAUGGGGGUGAAGCUGGAGGUGUUUCGGAUGCUGCUCUACCUCUCCUUCCCCGUCACCAUGUUCUGGGUGUCCAACCAGGCCGGCUACUUCGAGGAGCACGUGGUGCGCAGGAAGCGGGAGAUUUUCCCACCGGAGGACCCCGAGCGGCGCAGGGAGAUGCGGGAGUUCAAGCGGCGGCUGCAGAAGAUGCAGGAGGAGAAGCUGCCGCGGGCGAGCCGCGACUGAGGGCGGGGACGCGGGGACGGGUCCUGAUGCCACCACGGCGACCUGACGCCAUCGCCGGGGCCACGUGGAUGCGUCCUGGUGCCAUCACGGCGACCUGAUGCCAUCGCCGGGGCCACGUCAGCAAAGGAGGGGACACAUGGACAUGUUCUGACAUCAUCACGGUGACCUGACGCCAUCACCGUGGCCGUAACGGUGACUAAGGGGACACGUGGACACAUCCUGAUAGGUGACGGUGUCCUGACACCAUCGCUGUGGCCACGUUGGUGACAGCAGGGACAUGUGGACACGUCCUGACAUCAUUACGGUGACCUGACACCAUCGCUGUGGCCACGUCGGUAAAGGAGGGGACACGUGGACAUGUUCUGACACCAUCAUGGUGUCCUCACACCAUCGCCGUGGCCACGUUGGUGACAGCAGGGACACGUGGACACGUCCUGACAUCAUCACGGUGACCUGACACCAUCGCUGUGGCCAUAAUGGUGACGCGGGGACACAUCCCGGUACGGUGACGGUGUCCUGACACCUGAUGGCAUCUCCAUGGCCACGUCAGUGAAGGAAGGGACACGUGGACACGUCCUGACACCAUCACAGCAUCCUGACACCAUCGCCAUGGCCACAUCAGUGACAGCAGUGACACGUGGAUGCAUCCUGAUGCCAUCACAGUGUCCUGACACCAUCGCCGUGGCCACGUCGGUAAAGGAGGGGACACGUGGACAUGUUGUGACACCAUCACGGUGUCCUGACACCAUCGCCGUGGCCACAUUGGUGACAGCAGGGACAUGUGGACACGUCCUGACAUCAUCACGGUGACCUGACACCAUCGCUGUGGCCAUAACGGUGACACAUGGACACAUCCUGGUACGGUGACGGUGUCGUGACACCUGAUGGCAUCUCCAUGGCCACGUCAGUGACGGCAGGGACACGUGGACAUGUCCUGAUACCAUCACAGCGUCCUGACACCAUCACCGUGGCCAUAACGGUGACGCGGGGACACAUCCUGGUACGGUGACGGUGUCGUGACACCUGAUGGCAUCUCCAUGGCCACGUCAGUGACGGCAGGGACACGUGGACAUGUCCUGAUACCAUCAUAGCGUCCUGACACCAUCACCGUGGCCAUAACGGUGACGCGGGGACACAUCCUGGUACGGUGACGGUGUCGUGACACCUGAUGGCAUCUCCAUGGCCACGUCAGUGACGGCAGGGACACGUGGACAUGUCCUGAUACCAUCACAGCGUCCUGACACCAUCACCAUGGCCAUAACGGUGACGCGUGGACACAUCCUGGUAUGGUGACGGUGUCGUGACACCUGAUGGCAUCUCCAUGGCCACGUCAGUGACGGCAGGGACACGUGGACAUGUCCUGAUACCAUCACGGUGUCCUGACACCAUCACCGUGGCCGUAACGGUGACGCGUGGACACAUCCUAGUACGGUGACGGUGUCGUGACACCUGAUGGCAUCUCCAUGGCCACGUCAGUGACGGCAGGGACACAUGGACAUGUCCUGAUACCAUCACGGCGUCCUGACACCAUCACCGUGGCCAUAACGGUGACGCGUGGACACAUCCUAGUACGGUGACAGUGUCCUGACACCAUCGCCGUGGCCACGUCGGUGACAGCAGGGACAAGUGGACAUGUCGUGACAUCAUCAUGGUGCCCUCACACCAUCGCCGUGGCCACGUUGGUGACAGCAGGGACAUGUGGACACGUCCUGACAUCAUCACAGUGACCUGACACCAUCGCUGUGGCCAUAAUGGUGACGCGGGGACACAUCCUGGUACAGUGACAGUGUCCUGACACCUGAUGGCAUCUCCAUGGCCACGUCAGUGAAGGAAGGGACACGUGGACAUGUCCUGACACCAUCGCCAUGGCCACAUCAGUGACAGCAGUGACACGUGGAUGCAUCCUGAUGCCAUCACAGUGUCCUGACACCAUCGCCGUGGCCACGUCGGUAAAGGAGGGGACACGUGGACAUGUUCUGACACCGUCACGGUGUCCUGACACCAUCACCAUGGCCACGUUGGCGAAGGAGGGGACAUGUGGACACAUCCUGACACCAUCGAGGUGACCUGACACCAUCGCCAUGGCCAUGUUGGUGACAGCAGGGACACGUGGACGUGUUCUGACACCAUCACGGUGACCUGACACCAUCGCCAUGGCCAUGUUGGUGACAGCAGGGACACGUGGACGUGUUCUGACACCAUCACGGUGACCUGACACCAUCGCCGUGGCCACGUCGGUGACAGCAGGGACACGUGGACAUGUCCUGAUGCCCUCACGGUGACCUGACACCAUCGCCAUGGCCUUGUUGGUGACAGCAGGGACACGUGGACGUGUCCUGACACCAUCACGGCGUCCUGACACCAUUGCUGUGGCCUUAACGGUGACUGAGGGGACACAUGGACACAUCCUGGUACGGUGACGGUGUCCUGACACCAUCGCCAUGGCCACGUCGGUGACGGAGGGGACACGUGGCCACAGCCCGGCCCCGUGACAGCAUCCUGAUGCCGUCGCUGUGGCCACAGCGGUGACGGAGGGGACACCGUGGCCACGUCCUGAGGCCAUCACCGGGGCCGUGUCGGUGACAAAGGGGACACGUGGCUGUGGCCUGACACUGCGGUGGCAUCUUGGUGAUGGAGGGGACACAUGGACACGUCCUGACACCGUCAUGGUGUCCCGACACUGUUGCCGUGGCCACAUUGGUGACAGAGGGGACACUUGGACAUGUCCUGCCACCACGGGCACCUCCUGACGUCAUCGCCGGGGCCGUAUCGGUGACACAGGGGACACGUGGUUGUGACCUGACACCGUAACGGUGUCCUGACCCCAUUGCCGUGGCCAUAGCGGUGACACGGGGGACACACGGUGGCCUGAUGCCAUCACUGUGUCAUGUCAGUGACGGAGAGGACACAUGGGGACCCCGCGGUGUCCCCAGGCCACAAUAAACGGUGCUGGCUCCUU